AUGGACUACGGAGCUGCUGCGAGUUAUCAAAUACUGAUAUCUGAGCUGAGCAACGGUGACACCGGUUUUUUCAUGACUUUUGAUGGAGCUGGUUUUCUCAAGGAUUACUCGUCAAAUCGCCAGGGAACGGAAUUUUCGGUCGCUACUAAGUUACGUGCAAGAUACGAUCCAGCUACACUGCCCUAUCGAACGCCGUUCCCGACAAUAGUUGGAGUAACUAAGGGCGGCUGGCUCGACGUUGCCCGGAUAUAUCGUAAUUGGGCUGUUCCGGUAUUUACUGGUCCUAAGAAGAAGACAUGGUUUGAUGAUGCGCCAGGCGCUCUAUGGGUCAACUCCCACUGGGAACCAACAGAUGGUUUCGCUAAGCUCGGCGGUCAGCCAGCUCGUGUACUCGAUAAUAUUAGGAGACUUCGUAGAUUACUUGGCAAUAAGACUGAGAUCGCUUUACACUGGUAUGAAUGGGAUAAUCUAGGGUAUGAUGAUGGGGAUAAUUACACUGACUGUCCCGAUGCUGCAUGCGGGUUCGACACCCACUACCCGCAUUACUUACCUGCCCGACCAAACUUCGGCGAUGCCGUCGACGAGCUAUUGGACAUGGGCGUGCGAGUGUUCCCUUAUAUCAACGGGAGGCUUUUCGAUGUCCAACUGCCGGAAUGGGAGGACUAUGUUGAGUCAAAGCAUGCCUGUCGCAAUGAGACCGAUGAUGUGGUUGUGGAGGACUUUGGGUCUGGCACUUCCUUCGGUGUACCUAAUCCGGACGGCUUCUACUGGUCGACCAUCAUAGAAGGAGUAUGCAGCGACAUGAUACGUAAAUACUCAAGUCUGAGUGGUAUCUACAUCGACGAGCUUGCUGCCGCUCCAAACCUUCCAUGUUAUAUCAAUGGCCAAGGCCACAAUUUCGUACACGGAAUCAACAAAGUUGUGAUAGGGUGUGCGAACGGUAUGUCUCAGUGGAAGGCUGGGCUACCAUCUAUUACAGAGUCAAAUGCAGAAGCCAUGAUGCGUACCGUAGAUGCAUAUCUUACUCUCGUUGCGAUGGGUGCUGAUGACCCGGUGCCAGUAUUCGGUGCAGUGUAUGGUGGGUUUUAUAAGGGUAUCGGUUCAUACUUCUCUCGAAGAACUGAUGGUCAUCCGCACAAUUUCACUCGUGCUGUUUGUAAGCAGCUCCUCUUCGGUAACCGUAUCGGCUGGUUCGCUCUCGAUGGUAAGGACGAACUCCUCAGCUUUCUCGAAGAUUCGACGGAGUCCGUAUCCUUCCUUCAACGGGCUCUAUUUCUUCGGUCGAAGUUUUCCUUGUGGUUCGAACAUGGCCGUCCUGGCAGACAGUUCGGACACACCAAGCAAGAGUGGAUCUACGAGUCUGCUAAUCUGAAGAGUUACCUGGUCAUCACUUGUAAACCUUUGGAAUCUUCUGGCAGUCCAGUUGAAGAGUUGGUGUAUGGUGAGGUAGAUAUGAUCGGAUUGUAUGCUGCUUUUGACGUAUCAUUGGAGGAUACCAUCUUAAUGUAGCCUGUGUCUCACAUUUUGGAUUUCAACGACCUCCGCUUUUCUCUGAAUCGUCACGUUUUUUAUACUCACUCGGUUUCGUCGGGCAGGCGUGGGCGCCCAUGGCGUCAUUCUUUGCGUCGAAGCAGCCGAGUCGCAGUUGUUAUCGCCUAGCC